CAUUCUGUUAUCUUGUGAUUGCACCUGUGCGGUACAAGGGACGUUGGCCAGUUACCGCCCCUGGUUAUACAACGAGUGCAGACUGAUCGACAGUGUGGUACAAGAUGGCGUCCAGGUUCGGGAUCGCAUUAUUUGGUUUGGGGAACAUGGGCUUGGUGCAUGCUAAGAAUGCGAUUUUGUCCCCGAGGGCUUCUGUGAAAUGGAUCAUCCGAAACCGUCUUGAAGAUGCUGAGAAGUUUGUGAAGGAUCUGAAUCUGAGCGCACGAUGUACGACACCUGAUAGAGUGGAUGAGGUUUACGCUGACCCAGAGGUGCAUGCCACAUUUAUAUGUUCCCCUUCAACGACACAUGAUAAAAUUAUACAGGAUUCUCUCUACGCAGAUAAAGCAGUUUUCUGCGAAAAACCUGUCACUGUUGCUAUAGACACAACAAGGAAAUGUUAUGAUCUGGCAGAGGCUAGAAACCUUCCACUUUUCUGCGCAUUUCACAGGCAAUUCGACCCAAGUUUUAAGAAACUUUACGAUAGGAUCCACUCUGGGGAGUUAGGACGAGUACGACUGAUCAAGGUGACUAGUCGAGACCUCUGCCUGCCACCUCUCUCCUAUCUGAAAACAUCAGGUGGAAUCAUAGCCGAUUCAACCAUCCAUGACUUGAAUUUCGCCCUAUGGUUGGCUGGUUCUAAGCCUCAGACAGUUUAUGUUCAGGGCAUGAACUUUAAACCAGAGUUAGCCUCCAUCCCCGACCUGGACCAGGUUCUCGUUACCAUUAAACACGAGAACGGCACCCUAACCCUCAUCGACAACGGGAGACUAGCACCGUACGGCUAUGACCAAAGACUGGAGGUACUUUGUGAAGAAGGUUUGCUUUCCGUAGGAAAUCGUGAAUGUGAUCACGUGACGGAGGCAGGACACCACGUAACCUCAGAGCCUCGUAUUUACGAUCAGUUUACUAACCGAUACAACGAAGCCUACAGCAACGAAUUGGAGCACUUCCUUGACGUCCUUCAGGGGAAGUCAGAUCUACGUAUUACUAAGAAUGACACCGUGGAGACGAUGCGUCUGAUUCAAGCUUGUAAGCUGUCUAUAGCACGCGGCCUUCCAGUAGAUUACAAUGAGGAGCUUGAAUAAAUAACGUACACGUCUGAUAUUAUUAAAUGUAUAUUAAUAGUGUCAUAUAAUUCCUCAUAUCUCAUAUUGAUAAUUUACAUUGGGAAAUGUAAUAUUUGAAUUCAUUUAUACACACACGUCUUUUACGUUGCGUACAUGUUCAUUUAUGAACUUAAAUGAAUUUACAGCAAUUAUAAAACAAAUGCUAACAACUUUUACCACAAUUUUACACCAGCAAUGUUUUUUCUUGUCAUUUGAACCGUGACAUUUACUUAUAGUAUUGCAAAUUUUAAAAAAGUUGUCAUCGCAAGGUAAAGCUUUGUUCUGUCACAGAAUUUACUGAGUGACACAAAGCCAACAUUGUUGUUGUAGUUUUGAUAGGGUUAAACGUUUAAUAUAGUAUAAGUGAUGUUUUGGUGAUUUUGGAUUGCACUAUGGAGCUUUCCUACAUAUUUCGUUUCCGCCAUGUCGUCUGAUAUUGAAGGAAGGAUUUUUAACAUCCCAGAUCAAUAUUUUUCAUCCAGCAAUUUGACAGCAUUGGGCGAUUCGACCCUGGAGAAGCCAGCAAUGUUAUAACGCAGUUUUACUGCGAAAAUGGAUAUGAUAUUAAUCAUGGCUUAUCUGUAGUUUGUGGACAUUGUUUGUAUUUGGGGAAAAAAGACCAGUCUUUUCUUCAGAUGAAAUCCCUCUUCUACCCGUUGCACAGUUCAAUGUUGAUACCAGAAAACUGUCGUUAACUAUUAAUCAAGUGAACAAUGUUACGAACGUGGAAAGCGCAUUUACGCAUAACAAAUAUUAUCAGAUUUUAAAGAUUGUAGUAAUAUAAAAUUGACCUCAUUAAUAUGUUUCAUUGUAUAUUAUUUUAUAUAGAGCUCAACAUUUUUAAAUUAGAUCAAUACAAAAAUAAAGAAUAUAC